AUUUUGGCCGGAAGUGGCAUGGAAGCUGUCACACAGCGUAGCUGCCUAACAGAAGUGCCUACCUGCCCCUGAAGAGAAAACAACAAAGUCCCGCGCCGGUGGGGCUCUUGUCACCAUGGCCGUGUUGUGGGGUAAACUGUGACAGCUGAAGCCGAGAUGAUGAACGACAUCAUGGAGGAACCGGAGAAGGACACCCUGCUUGAAGCGCAGCCGAAGCCACAAGUUGUGUCGGGCCCCAGUAACGGCACAAGACCUAAGGCCGCGGAUGGAGGGAUCCGGCCGCUGGAGAAAAGAGGACCUUACAUCAUGUCCAGAGCUCCGGCCAUCCACCUCAAACUACAGAAGCACAGGGAGAUGGCGAGGAAGGCACUGAAGAGGAAAGCCCUCUCACCAGGGCUGCCAGUGAUGCAUCAGCCCAGGACAGUGAAGUAUAACAAGGGCUACGCUGCUUUGAGUCAGCACGCUGAGGACACUUUGGUUGCCAUGGACUCAGACAGCGAGGAAGAGAUCGAUUUUGAGCAGUAUUCCUCAGGAUACUCUUCAGCUGAGGUCCAUCCUGAUUUAAGCAAGCAGCUUCUCCAGGACGGCUAUCGCCUGGAUGAGAUUCCCGACGACGAGGACCUGGACCUGAUCCCGCCCAAAGCCAUGGGCUCCUCUGUGUGCUGCUGCUCCGAGGGCCCGUCCUGCUCCGUGCAGUGACGCCCGGUGCCGUUACUCCAACCUUUUACCAAGGCGCGGCACCAGUUCCUGUCCCUGACUUUAGUCACCGGUGCCUGAGGCCCCCUCUCUAAUCCAGCUGCGCCGCUGUGCUGCCUGAGGACUUCCAGCUCUGAAGCCAAACUCCCCGUUCCUGCAGGACCACGUGCACGAGGUCGCUCAGCCCACGCACAGAAAGAAGAAAGGAAACGCCAACGGGGCAUAAGAACAAGCCUUAUUCACUGUGACCCCAAAGUUUGACCUAUUUUUCUUUUUAUUGAAUUUUAUUGAAAUGCUAACUAUGCCCGUGCUCCAAGUAGAGUGUGUGUGCACAUUAUGGGAUGCGUCCUCAUUGACCCAGUGGGGAGAUGGUUACUGUUGUUUCCAGUUAUUAACUAACUAUAUGAAGGCACCUCACAUAAUCCUGAUCAUUCCCUGACUCUUGUUGCAUUAACUGGGUGUUUAUCUGUUUGUCUUUAAUGUAUCUGUCCUAAAACAAAUGACACCUAGUCUACAAAAAGAACAACUUUAAUUAUAUGUUUUUUUUUAUUUUUUAUAUGAAUCAAAGCACUAAAUGGAAAUGAGUCGUCAGAUGAUUGAGUGAAAACCAUUUCUUUUUAGCACACGUGUAAUUAUUAUUAUUUUCUUAGCUAAUUUUGCUGUUUAGAAGAGAAGCCUGUUUUAGGAUUAUCUUCUGCUCCGACCAUAUUAUUUGCUCUGUGACCCAGAAGACAAAGACUUUAUUACUUUUUACAAGCUGUCGUUGAGCAAACGGCUACAUACCAAGAAGAAAGCUGUCCUACAAAGUGAUCCACUGUUUGUAAGAGUACCAAAUGUUACACUGCUGUGUAUGGCACAGCAUAACCAAGCAGACGAGCUACUCGAGUGCUUUGAGUUACAAUCUCUGUAUUGUAGAAAUAAGUUUUAACAUCCAGAAAAAAUAAUAUAUAUAUAUAUUCACAUAUAUUUUAUAUUUAUGAUCCUUAUGGAAGUGAUCUUGUCAUGACGUUUAUGUAUGUGGUAAGACGUCGAUAUGUUUCUCAUUUAAAUCCCCCCCCCCCCCUUUUUUUUCCCAAACAAUUUUAGAUUGGACGGGAAGAAUUCAAAAAUAGAUUUUAUUGAUUACUUGUUCUGUGUCAUCUUAAUCACAUCAAGAGUGUGUUGAGGGCAGAUUUUGGGUCACAAUAUUGUAUUUAUUUAUUCAUGAGUAUAUUCAUCGGGGACACUAGACGUAGUUACAGCUUAAAGCCAGUGAACUACAUUUGCAUAAGGAUUAAGGAAUUUUCGUCCACUUGAUAUUUGCGGAUCAUAUUUGCUCAAAUUCAAUUUGUGUUUGUAUUAUUUCCUGUUUUUUGUUGUGAUGUGUCUGUUACUGUUUUCUACACAUUAGACACGGGUGUGCUAAAAAUGGCAUUUUUUUGUGUUUUGUUUUCUUCUAACACAUGUAUGUGUUCACCCUUAUUGUAGUCUGGGUUGCAUCUUAUUUUUUUUUAAAACUGUAUUAACUAACAAAAAAAGUCAAAAUCAGAGUGACUGAUCACCUUUUCAGGAGAUUAAUUUAGUGUGUGAGUAUGAGUGAGCAAAUAGAAAGUAGUUAGCCUUUUUCCACAAAUGAGUCAAAUAAACAGCGACUUUAAAUUGAUUGCUGUUUUAGUGUGUCAAGGUCAGGAUAGAUGGGAGGCUGCUGUUUUACGUUACAAGUCCUAUAAAUGAAAGGUAUAGCUGGCCACUUGGCCACCGUAAAGAAUUGCAAGAACUCGAAAGAGUAUGACAUUUUGUAAUGGGGGUGCAGGGGGAGGAGGAGGAACCUUGAUUUGUACUUCUGAGAAUCGGGGUCAAUUCCCAAAUUCUUUUGAAGACUUGAGGAAAACGCGAUGAGAUAAAAGCGGAUUCUGCUGUUACACUUGAGUGUGAGUCACUUGAUGCAAGCAUGAGGAAAAUACUUUUAAUGCAACAGCUGUAUUUAAAGUGUAUUGACCCCCCUGGCUCUGACUGCACAACGUUUCUCUGGACACAAAUAUUGCACUUACCAGUGGUCAGUAGCAAGUACACUUGACUCACCUGUACUAUGCAACUGUUGGGACAAUCUGCUUGUUAUACAACAUUGUGACUGUUGUGUUAUUGCUGAAUGCAAUAACUCAGUUAUUUUACGAUGGUAAACACAAAUCCUUUUUCUUUUUUCUUUUGAUUGUACCGUUUAUUGGUUUACAUUAUUAAAAUAAAGCUAUUAUCUAUA